AGGUCCGACCUCUCCGUCGCCGAGCGAGAGGAGUACAUUGCCGCCGUCAAGUGCCUGCAGUCGGCGAGCCCCAAGUCUUCCAAACAGCAAGUCCCGGGCGCGCGUAGCCGCUUCGACGACUUUGUGGCCACGCACAUUAACCAGACCGACUCGAUCCAUUACACGGCGAACUUCCUCUCGUGGCACCGAUACUACGUGUGGGCAUACGAGAAGGCCCUCCGCGAGGAGUGCGGCUACACCGGCUUCCAGCCGUACUGGAACUGGGACCGGUACGCAGCCGACCCGGCCAACUCGCCCCUGUUCAGCGGCAACUCGUCCAGCCUGAGCGGAAACUCGGUCAACGGCGGUUGUGUCACCACGGGCCCUUUCGCCGACAUGAAAGUCAACCUCGGCCCCGGGGCCUCUCUCGCCUACAACCCGCGCUGCCUGAAGCGCAACAUCAGCAAGAGCUACGCGGCCAUGACCACGGCCGACAAGACGUAUGCGCUCAUCACGGGUAGCGCCGACAUUGCCCGCUUCCAGGACACCAUGCAGGCCGUCCCUGGCGUGCAUGCCGGCGGCCACUUUACCAUCGGCGGCGACCCUGGCGGCGACGUCUACUCGUCGCCGGGCGACCCGGCCUUCUGGCUGCACCACGCCAUGAUCGACCGCGUCUGGUGGAUCUGGCAGACGCACGGCCUGCCCGGCCGGCUGUCCGAGGUGGCCGGUUCCGUCGCCGGCUCCAGCCGCCCGGGCUCCGGCAAGGACCUCGUCAACCUGGGCGUCAACGGCCCCGCCGUCGCCAUCGAGAACCUGCUCAACACCGUGGGCGGCCUGGACGGCAAGAUGUGCUACAUCUACCUCUGA